GGCCAGUCGGGGUGGCUCCGGAGAGACAUCCCAAUCCCCUUCUCACUUGGGGAAAGCCCUCCGAGCCGAGUCCAGCUCCCCCUCGAGUGGCAGGAUGUUCCAGCGGCACCACCGGAGCCGCGUGACGGUGGCCAGGGGCUCGGCGCUGGAGAUGGAGAUCCGGCGGGGGCGGUUCCGGCUCAGCCUCCUGGCAGACCCCGAACAGGGCACGGACAUCCAGAAGAAGAUUGACCAUGAGAUCCGGAUGCGGGAAGGCGCUUGCAAGCUGCUGGCGGCCUGCACCCAACGCCAGCAAGCCCUGGAGGUCACCAAGAGCCUGCUGGUCUGCAACAGCCGCAUCCUGGCAUACAUGGCUGAGCUGCAGCGCAUGAAGGAGGCGCAGGUCAUGCAGCGCAUGGCCCGGCGUCCCUCGGAUGCCGGCCCCAUGGAAGACCGCCUGCCGUGCCGUGGCAAAGUCUGCAUCUCUGACCUCCGGAUCCCCCUGAUGUGGAAGGACACCGAAUACUUCAAGAACAAGGGGGACUUGCAUCGUUGCGCCAAUCUUUUUAUGGUUCCAGGAGAGCUCCAGAAAAACUUUGAGAACAGCAUCCUCUUCAGGGAAGCUGGCCCCGACUUUGAGCUGAAGGUGGAGCUCUACAGCGCCGGCUUGGAGGAGGACUCAGCCCUGGGCAGCACCCCAAAGAAGCUGGCCAGCCGCCUGAGCAGCUCCUUGGGGCGCUCCUCCGGGAAGCGGGUGCGGACGGCGAUGGAGGGGCCCGGUGCCGUCCCUGGGAGCCCCCUGAGCAACGGAGGGAGCAGCCCACUCUUGCUGCCACCCCCCAGCGUGGCGGGUCCCAAGUACCAGCUGCUGGCCUGCACCACCCUCCGCCUGACCCACAUCCAGGACACCUUUCGCACCCACGAUCUCGUUGUCACCAGCAAUGAGGAAAGCUCCUUCUGGCUCCCGCUUUAUGGCAGCGUCUGCUGUCGCCUGACCGCUCAGCCCAACUGCAUGGUGCACCAGAUGAUGUGCGGCUUCCUCAAGGUCCAGCAGGGGGACCAACAAGGGUGGCUGCGCCUCUUCUCCGUCCUGCGUGGGCCCAAGCUCUUCUGCUACCGGCUUCCCCAGGAUGCGGAGACCCAGGAGGAGCCUGCCUUCACCAUUGCCAUCAACAAGGAGACGCGGAUCCGCGCCACCGAGAAGGACCCCAAGAACCGCUUGCACUGCAUGACGGUGACCAACCGCUAUGGGGCCGAGGAGGUGACCCACACGCUGCUGGCGGAGUCGCGUGCUGAGACCCAGCGCUGGAUGGAGGCCUUUUGGCAGCACUUCUACGACAUGAGUCAAUGGAAGCACUGCUGCGACGAACUCAUGAAGGUGGAGGUGCCGUCCCCACGACGUCCCCCGGCUUUGCUGUCCAAACAAGGCUCCCUCUACCAUGAAAUGGCUAUUGACCCAGCAGAUGACAUCGAGGCGGUGACGGACAUCCUGGCUCGGCGGGUCUCUGGCCUCGGUGGCCCUGCCUGGCUGUCCCUCUUUGAGGGGGGCUCCCCGCGGGGUGGCGGGGCUUCGGACAGCGACAGCACGGCCAGCACCAGCCCCUGCCCCCCACCCCCCCGCUGGGGCCGACCCCGGACCCUCUCCCUGGACGCCAAGCUCAGCACGCUCAAGGGCCGCUCGGGGCGCCCUCCCCGAGGCCCCUCGCCUCCCCCUCGCGGCCGCAGACCCUCACCCUGCGGCUCCUCCUCCAGCAGCGGGGGCAGCACCACCCCGGAGCCGGAGCGGCCCCCUCGGCCACACCCCUCUCGGCCACGUUUCGACCCUCGCUUGUGGCUCCAGUCUCAGGUAUGAAGACAACGAGGAGGAGAGCACUGGCCGGAGUCCAGUGGUCAGCAUGAGGGACUGGGCUGCAGCCUGCUUUGUGUCGGGAGGCCUGCCUUCUUGAAGGACCAGGAUGUAAAGGGGUCUCCGGUUCAUCCGGAAGCUCUUGGACACUCGUUGGACUUUGCCAAAGUUGGGUCCAUGCCCUGGUGGGGUUAUUGGGGAGGGAGGAAGAUCCACAACUGGCCCCUAGGAGUCACCAUUAUGACUUGACCAGGAAGCAAAGGGGUCUCCCCCUCUGUCCAGCCAGGAACUCUUGGUCUGUUGGACCCUCCAAAGACUGACAAAGGUGGUUCAUGCCCUGGUGGGUCCAUGGGAAGGGAUGGACCCCAUGCCUGGUUCCAACGAGACCAUUUUGACCUGAAGCGCUUUGUUUCAGGAGUGAAAGCACCUUCCUUCUUUCUUUCCUUCCCUUCCCUCCUCCCUCCCUCCCUCCCUCCUUCCCUAUUUUACUCCUUCCUUCCUUCCUUCUCCAUCCUUCCCUCCUUCCUUCUUCCCUCUCUCCCUCCUUCUUCCCUCCUUCCCUGUUUUCUUCCUUCCAUCCACCUUUCUUUCCCCUUCCUUCCUUCCUUCCUUCCUUCCUUCCUUCCUUCUU